GAUUCUUUUCAUAUAUUAAGGCCCAACGUGUUCCGGGAUGCUUCCUUCCCUCUGCACGUUCAAUGGAUUCUGAUCUCCUUGCUACGACGGAAGCUGCACCGGACCCAUUUUCCUUAAUUGAAGUUGUAACAGCAACCAGGCCAGUCGCGGUGACAUUAGAAGCCAUUCCAACGAGUUUGUUAUUCACCGCAACCACAAAUUGGGAUUUUUCUUCCAGUUCAGCAAGUACUGACGUGACAACCACGGCACCGCCCGUCAGCUCAUCACUUGGAGCUUCAAUCACACUUUUCGAGAAUAGUUCGGUAUUAGCAACCGAAGGUGGGCCCUCAUCAAGCCCCACUCUUGAGAGUUCCUCAUCCAGCACCUACUAUUGGAGUUUCCCAAACAGUGGAGUAUCGCCAACUUCAAGCUCGGUAUUCACAACCGAAAGUAAGACCUCAUCAAGUCCGACGAUUAAGAGCUCCUCAUCCAGCACCUACAAUUGGAGCUCCCUAGCCACUGAAGUAUCACCAACUUCAACUGAAUCCGACAUCAGUACCGCAUCGGUAACUUCGGCCAUUGACAUCACAUCGGUCCCUACACCGAAGUCAGCGCCUACCUCAAGCCUACAGGGUAUCAUGUCUACUAUCCAGCCGGCUAUUCCACCUACUGCACCUCCUACAUCAGAAACGCCACCCUUGACAACAGAGGACCCGGGAACAUCACCGACAAAUCCUGAGAACCCAUGGAGCCCUGGAGGGACAUCUCCGCCCUCGUCUAGUGGGAAUUCGCCAGUUGCAUCAGAGGUACCGAGCGGUUCCGGCUGGCCAACAUCGACAAAUGGAGGGGGCGCCCAAGUACCAGGCCGCAGUGAAUCAGCAGCUUCUGUGCCUAUAGUGCUGCAAUCAUCCCCCACCAUAUCUGGUGAUUUAGUUACUGGAGUGUCACAGCUGUCUCCAAGCGCAGUCAUCACGCCAACAUCCAGUAUACCCGCAGCAACCCCUUCGCCAACCUCUUUAAGCGAAUGUUACAACCAGUGCUCGCAGAGGUUUGGUAUGACACAGAAUACGCGUGGACAACUGCUAUCCUGUCGACUGGCCUGUCAAGCGGCAUGGGGUAUAAGCUCGACUCGUUGGAAUGUGGCGAGCACCUGGUGGUCGACGCAAAGCACCCCUACCCCACCCACAAAUUCAUGGCCCAACUCGGGUGAACCAGGUGGUUCGUCUGGGAAUGGGGCAUCAUCGCCAGUUGUCAGCGGCGUUUCGGAUCUCGGCGGGUCCCCCAGUCUGACGUAUCCAAUUGCGGCCAGCAGUACGGCAGCAGCUGUCGUACCACCACUGCUUCCACCUCAACAGGUCACUGUUGUCCAGCCAGGACCGACAGUUGUAGAUCCCGGACCAACGAUUACACCACCACCCACUGAUUCGGGUUCCAAUCAUCUAGGAGCACUCUUGGGAGGUAUCAUUGGUGGUGCUGUUGGGGCUGCUGUCCUGACAUCCAUAGCAGUUGUUACGGGUCUCAAAGCCAUGCGCGCACGAAGAGCGGCCGGAGGACAUUCCAAUUAUCCUGGACGUGUUGAGAUGAACGUCCCACUAGCUGCCAAUAAAUUCGACCCAGGGCGUCCACCCGCUGGACCAGAGGGCAGAAGUUCGGCUACGAUGCUACAUAUCCCACCAGGGGAAAUCAGUUCAAGGCCUAGCACGCCGUCAUUGGGUGGUGGCGACAAUAUAGACCGAGUUCCUUCUAGCGUGCGAAUACACCCUCCAUCCGACACGGGAAGCACACACUUGUCCCCGCCUUCGCGCGUGACAUCUACAAUGGGUGAUUCUCAUACAGUCGAUAUUGAUUCUGCCAAUAUAGGCGCCGGCAAUGUAGAGGAAGACUUGCACGAAUCGCUUGAUUUCCCACCACCCUAUGAAGAUGUUGCGGGGCAUAUUCUCGGUCCUGGGCUAUUUGCUGCUGGAGCCUCUUCCUCAGGUCACGAAUCAGUAUCAGAUCGUUCUUCGUCUAGGUAUGAUCAAUCCCUUUCGCCGACUCCUUUGACGAGACUCGAGAGCCGACCAACCGUUUCAACAACAUCGAGUUCAAAGGCCACUGGUUUGUCUCCCAUGUCCAGUAUACCCUCACCUUCGUCAUCUUCUGUCGGGUCUCCCGCUGCUAUACCAAGCUCAAAGGCAUCCGCUUUUUCCCAGCAAUCCGCCGCAGCAUCAGCUGCUUCCAGUGCGUCCAAUCCUUCAGUAUUCAUUGCCCAAAACAUCCCGACCAAAACUGGCGAAUUUCUCCCAACUUCGGCAGACGAGAUCCCACUUCGAAAUGGCGAUACAGUUACGAUUCUUGAAUCAUUCCAAGAUGGGUGGUGUCGUGUCCGAAACUGGUCAAGAGGCGAUGUCAUUGGAAUGGUGCCAAAGAUGUUUUUGGCACCGGCGCCAGUGCCCAGAGGAAAAGGGGGUCAAAGUGGGCUGGGAUACGCAGAUCCUUUUAUACCCGGUUGAUGAAUUCGUUGAUCAGAGAUAUGAUAUGAAAAGGAAAAUCUGUGAGAUGAGCGUCCGUUGGGCAGUAAAGUAGCUAGCCAGGUAAAAAGGGAUGUCAUGAACAAAGAAACUGUAUUGCACGUCUAUAUAGUCAUGGCACAACUGUACAUUAAAAACUUUCUACAACAAAGCACAAUAGUCACA